AUGCUUAACAAACUCGAUUCAUAUUCUAACGGGGCCCAGGCUCGGAAGUCCGAGACAACUAGUCAUUUCAAUGACGUUGCUUGCUUCCCCUGGCAACCCGAAGGAUACACGAAUGCGGUGCAGUCAGUCUGGCGGUCAUUGCAGAUGAUCUUGGAUAAAGGGUGCUCCAUUACUCUGGAUGGCGUAUCACUCAAUCUGAGCUCUAUAGUAGCAGUGGCGAAGCAAUCCCGAGUGGCCAGUGACAGCAAUAUUGCAGAAAGUUUGCCCCGUAGUGUUGCUCUACUGGAUGCGAAGCUAAACCAAGGCAUAGUCAUAUUUGGAGUCAACACAGGAUUCGGCGGAAGCGCCGAUACACGGUCCAAGCAACACGAAGCCUUGCAACUGGCAUUGCUCCAGCAUCAUCAAGCCGGCGUGCUGCUGCUCAGUGACGGUGGAACUCCAAGCACCAUCAUAAUGGGGGUUUUGGGACCCCACAAUGUUCCUUUUCCCAUUGUUCGAGCUUCAAUGUUAGCACGCUGCAAUUCUCUUCUUCGCGGCCAUUUGGGUGUUUGUAUCGAAGUGAUUGAGCGUAUCUUGGAUCCCCUUAGGUGUCAGAUGACUCUGAUUGUCCCGUUUCGUGUCCUUGAGGGAAAUCCUGAUAUACAUGUCCACUGCGGCGAUGGCCAAAUCCCUGAAGUCGUUCCUGCUGAUCAAGCUUUGCAACGCGUUGGUCUGACCCCUCUACGGCUUGGCCCUAAGGAAGGACUGGGGCUCCUAAAUGGGACCUCGUUUAGCUGCGGUGCUGCUAGCUUAGUCCUGAUCGAGGCAAACCAGCUGGCCUUGCCGAGCCAGGUCCUCACGGCCAUGGGUACAGAAGCAUUGUCAGGUUCACGAGGCAAUUUCCACUCCUUCAUAGCUAAUGUGCGCCCGCAUCCGGGGCAAAAGGAGGUUGCAUCAAACAUCUAUGCGCUGCUAGCAGAUUCCAAAUUGAUCUCAGGCGCUCUUCCGAAGCGACCACAAAUUGAAAACCUCGCGCUAGCUAUGUCUCAAAUUCAAUGUGAAUUGAAUUCAACGACUGAUAAUCCUGUAUUUGAUCCAGAGCAUGGCGAGGCACACCACGGCGGUAAUUUCCGGGCCAUGGCAAUCACGUCGGCCAUGAUCUUUAGUCAAUGCUCUGAAGUUCUUAAUCCUGUGUUGAGCCAUGGACUUUCACCAAAUUUAUGUGCUGAUGAUCCCAGCUUGUCCUUUGCCUUGAAAGGCGUCGAUAUCAACAUGGCCUCAUAUAUGUCUGAAUUAGCCUACCUCACCCAUCCAGUGAGUAGCCAUGUGCAGUCGACAGAGAUACAUAAUCAGAGUCUCAACUCGCUUGCCUUCAUUGCUGCCCGGUAUGCGGCCGAGUCAAUAGAGGUGCUGUCCCUAAUGCCUGCCACCUAUCUGUACGUGCUCUGUCAGGCACUAGACUGCGCGCCUUACACCUUGAACUCGCUCAUCGAGCCCGGUCGCAGGUUUUCUCAUGAGCAGUUGUAUCCUAUCCAGACCGCCGUCUGGGAUGAGCUCAUGAGCCAUUGGGUUCAAGGUAGCACAAAAGACCUGUCAGCGCGGAGUCAGGCUGCCGCCGCUGCUUCGAGUGUGGUCCUGCUGGAUCUAGUCUCCAGCCAUUGCGGAAAGGAUAUUGCCACUCGGCUCGACCUCGCACGCAUUAUCAUCCCGUUCAAAGAAAAGGCGAGUAAUAUACUGUAUCAGAACUACACGGCCACUCGAGAGGAAUUUUUCUGUGUCCCUGCUACUGCAGAUCAUUUGUGCGGAGCGUCAAGUCGUUUCUACAGACUCGUUCGACGCACGCUGGCAGUGCCCAUGAAUAGGGGGCUAGCAGAUCAUCCCACCUAUGACUCAGACAAGGACCCAAGGGCCACGAAGACAAUCGGCUCACACAUUAGCACCAUCUACACAGAGCUGCGACAAGGGGGCAUGACGGAUGCCGUAGUAAACUGCUGGGAGAGCCUCUGA